ACGACGAAGAAGUGCGCUAGCUUGGUGUCAGCAUCAGCACCGUUGCACUCGCUAGCCUCCCGCAUCCUCCCGCCAUCCACUGCGGAACUUCGACGCGCGGCCUUCUUCCUCCCGUCAACAGCAGCAACCUUCCCGCCGUCAUGGACAACACGGGCAAAGAGAAGGAGGCCAUGCAGCUGAUGGCCGAAGCCGACAAGAAGGUCAAAGCCUCGGGAUCGUUCCUCGGCGGAAUGUUCGGUGGCAACCACAAGGUGGAGGACGCCUGCGAGAUGUACGCCAGGGCAGCCAACAUGUUCAAGAUGGCCAAGAACUGGAAAGCUGCCGGGAACGCGUUCUGCCAGGCGGCCCGGCUCCACAUGCAGCUUCAGAACAAACUGGACUCUGCCACCAGCUUCGUGGAUGCAGGCAACGCUUACAAGAAGGCCGACCCACAAGAGGCCAUCAAUUGUCUAAAUCAGGCCAUCGACAUCUACACCGACAUGGGUCGCUUCACCAUCGCAGCCAAGCACCACAUCACCAUAGCGGAGGUUUACGAGUCGGAGCUGGUGGACAUCGAGAAGGCCAUCGCCCACUACGAGCAGGCGGCCGACUACUACAAAGGGGAGGAAUCCAACAGCUCGGCCAACAAGUGUCUCCUGAAGGUGGGCCACUACAGCGCCCAGCUGGAACAGUACCAGAAAGCCAUCGAGAUCUACGAGCAGGUUGCCAUGGGGACCAUGGACAAUCCUCUGCUGAAGUACAACGCCAAGGAGUACUUCUUCAAGGCGUCGCUGUGUCACUUUAUUGUGGAUGAGCUCAACGCCAAGUUGGCCAUCGAGAAGUACGAGGAGAUGUUUCCCGCCUUCUCAGACUCAAGAGAGCUGAAACUCUUAAAGAAACUCCUGGAGGCCCACGAGGAGCAGAACAGCGAGGCGUUCACCGAGGCCGUCAAGGACUUCGACUCGGUGUCCCGCCUGGACCAGUGGCUCACCACCAUGCUGCUCCGCAUCAAGAAGACCAUCCAGGGGGACGCCGGCGACCUCAAGUAGAGCGGGUGGUGGGGCGGUGGGGGUUACAAGACGGAGGUUGAACUUGUAACAUAUCAGUCUGCAUGUGACCUAGACCGCCCCCUUGUGUUCCACUGUUGUAACAACACGUACGAAUGUGUGUGUGUGUGUGAUUAUGAGGAAUAAUAUAUAUUUAUUGUCCACACUGAAAAUAUUUAUUGUUUAUUCUGCUGCUCGGUGUUACGCUUGCUCCCCCCCCCUCCCCCCCCUUUCAACCUCGCUAUCCUCUUUUGGUUCCGCCCGGAGUGAGCGCGUGCAGCUCGUCUCCGAGCGCCGUCGUCUGUGCAUGCGCGUGCUGGCGUUGUUGUGUUGUCGUCGUGCUGAAGCUGUAGUCUGUGUCAUAUGUGUGCAAUCUGUAAAAGACCCACCUUGAAAUAAUAAACAUGUCUUUGUUCCCCCCACUGUGCUUCCAUCCGC